GUGGCUGCCAGGCUGUGCCGCAUCAGUGUAAGCCGGGUAACGCGAUGGCUGCUCAGCGUCGGGCCGGUUCCCGGGCUGCAGCGAGCGGUGGGGCUGGCGCGGGUGCCCCGGGAGAGGAGCGCCGACGCCGAAGCAGUGUUAUGAAAGGAAACAGUCAGAAGAAUUCUCAACGGAAAUGGCUGAAAGUGGCAUUCCUUCUCUCCUGUGCUGUCCUGGGCUGUCUUCUGAGUCGGAACUAUUUGUUCAGUGAAGAAGGAGUUACUGAAGUUUUAGCUCAUCAUGGAGAAAUCCUAAAGGACAAAUUUAUCGAGGUACCCUGUUCAGAGGACUAUGACAGCCACAAACGUUUUGAAGGCUGCACUCCUAGAAAAUGUGGAAGAGGAAUAACAGAUGCCAUUAUCAGCAGGGGAGAAGCUGAGAGAAUCCGUAGAUUAGCAGAGAAGGGCCUGUCCCUCGGAGGAUCAGACGGAGGGGCUUCAAUUCUGGAUUUGCACUCUGGAGCUCUUUCUUUGGGAAAGCAUUUUGUUAACAUGUACAGAUAUUUUGGGGAUAAAGUCCGUGAUAUAUUUACAAAGGAAGAUUUUCAUUUGUACAGUGAAUUAAGGCAGCGAAUUCAACAAAAAAUAGCUCUCACUUUUGGUAUCAGCUCCGCUUCCAUGUAUUUGACCAAGCCAACCUUCUUCUCCAGAAUAAACAGCUCAGAAGCCAAGACAACUCAUGAUGAAUACUGGCACCCACAUAUUGACAAGGUGACCUAUGGUUCCUUUGACUACACAUCACUGCUUUACUUGUCAGACUAUACAGAAGACUUUGGUGGAGGACGGUUUGUCUUUAUGGAUGAAGGUGCAAAUAGGACUGUAGAACCUCGGGCAGGCCGAGUGUCCUUCUUCACUUCAGGCACAGAAAACCUUCACCGUGUGGAGAAGGUGCACUGGGGCACCCGCUACGCCAUCACCAUUUCCUUCACCUGCAAUCCAGAUCAUGGUAUUGGAGAUCCAGUUAUAACAUAAUGGGACUGGUGGCCGAAUGGAUUGACAAGAGAAACUCCUGUGCAGAAGGAAAAAGAGAUUAACUUAUUUAAAUUCCACUACAUUGACUCUUCUAAAUGUUUAUUUAAUGUCAAUGUCAGCUGUUUUCACACAUCCCUCUUAAGUGUUAAAACAGUGCCUUAAUUAUUAUCUUUCUAAUUUAAAGAGAAUUCCAGAGACUGCAUAGCCCUGUAUAGAGUGUCUUCCUGCUAAUAGCAGAGACCUAAAUUUUGUCUGUUUAAAAAUAUUUCUUCCCAUUGUUGCUCCAGAAUAUAAUUUCAUAAUUUUUUGUGGACACAUGAACACUCAGGAACCUAUAAUAAAGAAUUGGAGCACUGUCUGAUGCCUUCCAAGGUCUUUUUCUCCAUCCUGUCUUAAUGUUCCUUCUUUCCCUAUGCCAAUUAAAUUCUAGUAAACAGUAGGGUAACCAAGCAAAGUCUUGAUCAUUUGCAUAAAUCACGUUUUUGUAUUUAAACUGCUUCCACAAAGCCUGAGGUCAUAGUGUUGUGGGUGUUGUCCAUGCAUCAGUUUUUAAAAUCUUUAUUACAAUAUUUUUCUCCUUGAGAAAAGAAAACAUGUGCUUUGACUACUGCAAUUGCCUGCAGCUCUUGAAUAAAACAACUAUAUGUGAACUUGAUAAAUGGUUUCAUGUAAUUCAACAGGUUGUUCAGAAUAAAAUUUAACUACUGAA